AUGCUCAAACUCUUCAAGCAAUUCAGUAUGACGAACUUUGCAGUGGGGAGAACACCUUCUGCUUCCGAUCGCUUCAAGAUCAUCGUCGUUCACCGGCACCCUCAGCGCCUCCCGGAACUGCCAAUUGAAAUUAUCAUAGAGAUUUUCGAGAUUGCCGUCUAUCUCUCGAAUGAAUCUGCUGCAACGAUCUCGCUCGUCUCGUCUUGGGCACGAAAGAUAGCAGUACCGCAUCUCUUCUCGACAAUCGUUAGCCACGCUGCUCCUCUCACUCCCGAAGAAGUCGCGAAUGCGUCCAAGUCAUCCCAAGCACCCACGUCGCGCACAAAGCUUUCCCCCUAUCUCGGAGGAUUCGUGCAGCAUCUCUGGACCGAGAGGACUGGCAUAUCUAAUAUAGCCAACGAGGUGGACCUGUUUCGGGCAUGCCCUAACGUGGAACAUCUUGCACUUUCAUCUCCGUCUCUCCAAUCGCUUUCGAUGGCAUGUCGCAUGCACCGCAAAACCAGCAUCGUCCCUGCGUUUCCUUCGUCCCUUCGUUCUAUCACCAUGAUUACACCCACGUACCGUUACGAAUGGCACAUUCUCGUGGGAGUCCGGGUGCCGAACGGAGGGCUGCUCCUGCACAACAUCACGCACUUGCGCUUGCUCGAGAUGGGAGCCGCGGCAUACGCGCCGCACGCGCACCUCCCCAACCUCACACCUAGCCGUGCCCCAUCUCGGCGAUCAAACUCUCGCUCACGAUCCCGUCCGCCUCCCUGA